AUGCCUCUUCAAGAUGAUUCCUAUAGCGAGGGAGGAUCGCUCAUCUACUACUCUGAGCUGCCGCUAAGAGAUCAGAUUCAACGCGAGAAAUAUAAACAUUGGGCAAGACGUAUAUUAUUCUAUCUACAACUAGCAUAUUUCAUAACUGCAACAGUCAUGUUUCCAUUUUUAAUUACAAAUCUUACAUUUUGGUUUUGGUUAAUUCAUACACUUUGGUUCGAAUUGGAUAUCACUUCGAAUAAGAAUAAUAUAUGGAUACAGAUGUUGCAUGCUCUCAGUUUUGUUGGUAGUUGGAUUGUGAUGAUUACAGCCACCAUUCUAUUGGUUAUUUUGAAUCCAGACUUUAUUAAAUCGCGUGCAGAGAAGGAGCACCACUCUGUGGUGUUUGCUUGGUUGCUCAAUGUUCUCAUUCACUAUAUUCCACCUGUGCUGGUGACUGUCGAUCUCUUCUUGCAUCGCGAACACCACAGAAAGCGUCAUCGUAUCAUUCUCUCGAAGCAGCGUAACACCACGCGUGUCUGGGUGAAAGACAGCAUCAAAGUGAUCUGGGCAUACUGUGCACCGAUGGCAGUCGUUGGCAUUUGGUUGGGUGUCGGAUUCACACCAGAGAAUGUCUACGGUGUCACCAACUACAGCUACAGCUACCUAAUACCUCUGAUGGUCGUUACCGACCUAGUAUUUGCCACACUCUUUGUCUAUGUAGUUAAAAAGCGUCAACCCGAUAGCUAUGUAAAACUUAAUAGUUAA